CCGUGCCAGGUCUGCAGCAGCAGCAGCAGAGGACAGAGGACAGAGGACAGAGACUGGAUGGAGACACCGUCCUCCACAGCGCUGCUGCUCCUUCUUCUUCUUCUUCACGCGACAUUGUGGACACGUGACACCUGAUCAAACAUUUCAUGUGUGUGCGUGUGUCUGUGUUCUGCGCGUGAAGACAAAGUGACAUCGUGAUUCUCGCGCCUCAGACACUUGUUAUUCAUUUUUUUGGAAGAAUUUUUAUUUUUUCUGGACAAAAAUGUUGUCGAUUUAAGUGAAAAGCGAAUGAUUUGAAAUCGCGUCGUCGUCGACGGCUGCUGCUGCUGUCGUUGUCUCGUGCCAUGGCUGCCAAACCACAGACGCACAGAGAACGAGACUCCGUGGAUUCGUCAUUAUUGCGGAUUUAAAUUUUUUUGACGCGUGCGCUCCCCGCGUGCGCGCCCGCCCUCCGAUUUAAACAAUUCUGUGUGAAAAUAAAGAAGAAGAAGAAGAAGAAGAAGAAGGAGAAGAAGAAGGAGGAGGAAAGUUUGUGUGUGUUUUGUUUUGGGAUAAUUGAGUGUGGUCGAUAAUCUAGACUAGCGCUGGGAUUAACAAUCAUUUAAACUGGAGCAUGGCUGGUGAGUGGGGCUGGAGACGCUGGCGCAGGCUCUCCACGGCUCCUCCAUGCUAGCUGAGGCGGGCGGCUCCGUUCCCCAUGGCUCUAUGAGGAGCAGCAGCGACAUCAACCGCGACAGCAGCAGCAGCAGCAGCAGCAACAACCCGGACUCGUCGAUCUUCUUCUCCAAGAUGGAAGACGUGGUCAUCCCGUUCUCGUCGGAGGUUCCCUGCGACAACAAUGGCCAGCGCAUGUGGUGGGCUUUCCUCGCCUCGUCCAUGGUGACGUUCUUCGGGGGUCUCUUCAUCAUCCUGCUGUGGAGGACACUCAAGUAUCUGUGGACUGUCUGCUGCCACUGCAACAUCAAGACCAAGGAGGCUCAGAAGGUGAUCAACCCCGCCAACAAUCAGGCAGCAGACAAGACGGCAAAGGGUCCUGAUGAGAAGGAGGAGGUUCCAGCCAGCGAGGUGGGAUGGAUGACUUCUGUCAAAGACUGGGCCGGCGUCAUGAUCUCGGCUCAGACGCUCACUGGCAGAGUUCUGGUGGUCUUAGUCUUUGCUCUCAGCAUCGGGGCCCUCGGAAUAUACUUCAUCGACUCCUCAGAUCCUAUAGAAUCCUGUCAGAACUUCUACAAAGAUUUCACGUUACAGAUCGACAUGGCCUUCAACGUAUUCUUCCUCCUCUACUUUGGCCUGCGGUUUAUAGCAGCCAACGAUAAGCUGUGGUUCUGGCUGGAGGUCAACUCUGUGGUCGACUUCUUCACCGUUCCUCCCGUGUUUGUGUCCGUCUACUUAAACAGAAGCUGGCUCGGUCUCAGGUUCUUGAGAGCGCUCAGAUUGAUACAGUUCUCGGAAAUCUUGCAGUUUCUGAAUAUCUUGAAAACAAGCAAUUCCAUAAAGCUGGUAAACCUGUGUUCCAUCUUCAUCAGCACAUGGCUCACAGCUGCUGGAUUCAUACAUUUGGUGGAAAACUCAGGGGAUCCUUGGGAAAACUUCCAAAAUUCCCAGUCCCUUUCCUACUGGGAGUGUGUGUACUUGCUGAUGGUGACCAUGUCCACAGUGGGAUACGGGGACGUCUAUGCAAAAACCACCCUGGGUCGACUCUUCAUGGUCUUCUUCAUCCUCGGCGGUUUGGCCAUGUUUGCUCGCUACGUGCCAGAAAUUGCUGCUCUCAUCCUUAAUCGGAAGAAAUACGGAGGGAGUUAUAACUCGACACGAGGCAGAAAGCAUAUUGUGGUCUGUGGUCAUAUUACCCUCGAAAGUGUCUCCAACUUCCUCAAAGACUUCCUACACAAGGACAGGGAUGAUGUCAAUGUAGAAAUUGUGUUUCUCCAUAAUAUUUCCCCUAAUCUUGAGCUGGAAGCCUUGUUCAAACGCCACUUUACACAAGUCGAGUUCUACCAGGGAUCUGUUCUCAACCCUCACGAUCUGGCCCGGGUGAAGAUCGAGUCAGCAGAUGCCUGUUUAAUCCUCGCCAAUAAAUACUGUGCAGAUCCUGACGCUGAAGACGCCUCCAACAUCAUGAGGGUCAUUUCGAUCAAGAACUACCAUCCCAAGAUCAGAAUAAUCACGCAGAUGCUCCAGUAUCACAACAAGGCCCAUCUGCUGAACAUUCCGAGCUGGAACUGGAAGGAGGGUGACGAUGCUAUCUGCCUGGCUGAGCUGAAGGCAGGCUUCAUUGCCCAGAGCUGCCUGGCUCAGGGCCUGUCCACCAUGCUGGCCAACCUCUUCUCCAUGAGGUCCUUCAUCGAGAUUGAGGAGGACACAUGGCAGAAGUAUUAUCUUGAAGGAGUGGCUAAUGAGAUGUACACAGAGUAUUUGUCCAGUGCCUUUGUGGGCCUCUCCUUCCCCACGAUCUGUGAGUUGUGCUAUGUGAAGCUGAAGCUGCUGCUCAUUGCCAUCGAGUACAAGUCUGAGCAGAGAGAGAGCAGAAGCCGAAAGCGCAUCCUCAUCAACCCCGGCAACCACGUCAAGAUGCAGGAGGGAACGCUGGGAUUCUUUAUCGCAAGCGACGCCAAAGAAGUCAAGAGAGCUUUUUACUACUGCAAAGCUUGUCACGAUGACAUCACAGACCCUAAGAGGAUCAAGAAGUGUGGCUGCAAAAGACUGAUUUAUUCCAAGAUGUCCGUCUACAAACGAAUGAAACUGGCAUGUUGUUUUGAUUGCGGCCGUUCAGAGCAAGACUGCUCUUGCAUGUCAGGCAGUGUACAUAGUAACAUGGACACCCUUCAGAGGGCCUACCCACUGUCCUCUGUCUCUGUUCAUGAUUGCGCAACCACUUUACGUGCCUCCAAAUAUAAGUAUAACGGAUAUGUCAGAUCACCAGCAGAUGGCGCUACAACACCAGGGAACAGUGGAAGUCAAAAAGAGGCCGGGGUUCGUUUCAAAGCUGAUUGCAAUUUAGUCGAGGACGAGCACCCGUCGGCGCUGUCGCCCAAGAAGAAGCAGCGCAACGGAGGGAUGCGGAACUCGCCCAACUGCUCGCCCAAGAUGAUGAGUCGACACGACCCACUUCUAAUUCCUGGGAACGAAAAUAUCGAGAACAUGGACAUGAACGUGAAGAGGUAUGAUUCGACAGGAAUGUUUCACUGGUGCCCGUCAAAGGACAUCGAAAAGGUCAUCCUGACUCGGAGUGAGGCGUCCAUGACGGUGCUGAGCGGCCAUGUGGUGGUCUGUAUAUUUGGGGAUGUCACGUCCGCUUUAGUGGGGCUGCGAAACCUGGUGAUGCCUUUAAGAGCCAGUAACUUCCAUUACCACGAGCUGAAGCCCAUAGUGUUUGUGGGCUCGCUGGACUAUCUGCGGAGAGAGUGGGAAACUUUACACAACUUUCCUAAGGUCUCCAUCUUACCCGGUACGCCAUUAAGUCGGGCAGAUUUAAGGGCUGUCAACAUCAACCUCUGUGACAUGUGUGUAAUACUGUCGGCCAAUCAGAACAAUAUCGAAGAUACCUCGCUGCAGGAUAAGGAAUGCAUCUUGGCAUCACUCAACAUCAAAUCUAUGCAGUUUGAUGACAGCAUCGGGGUCUUGCAGGCUAAUUCCCAAGGUUUCACGCCUCCUGGAAUGGACAGGUCAUCUCCAGACAGCAGUCCAGUACAUGGCUUCGUGCGCCAGGCGUCCGUCACCACCGGCUCCAACAUCCCCAUCAUCACAGAACUAGUGAACGACUCAAACGUUCAGUUCCUGGACCAAGACGAUGAUGACGAUCCGGACACAGAGCUGUACCUCACUCAACCCUUUGCCUGUGGCACCGCCUUCGCUGUCAGUGUCCUCGACUCAUUGAUGAGUGCGACGUAUUUCAACGACAACAUUCUCACACUGAUUCGGACGCUGGUCACAGGAGGAGCCACGCCAGAGCUGGAGGCUCUGCUGGCGGAGGAGAACGCGCUGAGAGGAGGUUACAGUACACCGCAGACACUGGCCAACAGAGACAGGUGUCGUGUGGCACAGCUCGCCCUCUACGAUGGGCCUUUCGCUGACUUGGGGGAUGGCGGCUGCUACGGGGACUUAUUCUGUAAAGCUCUGAAGACGUACAACAUGUUGUGCUUUGGAAUCUACAGAUUAAGAGAUGCUCAUCUCAGUUCUCCGAGCCAGUGUACAAAACGAUAUGUGAUCACAAACCCACCGUACGAGUUCGAGCUGGUGCCCACAGACCUGAUCUUCUGCCUCAUGCAGUUUGACCACAACGCAGGCCAAUCGCGGACAAGCCUGUCCCACUCUUCCCACUCCUCCCAUUCCUCCAGCAAAAAGAGCUCCUCCGUCCACUCCAUCCCGCCCUCCAACCGGCAGAACCGCAGCAGUAAGACCCGGGAGGCCCGUGAUAAACACAAUGCAACAAGGAUGAAUAGAAUGGGCCAAGAAAAGAAAUGGUUUACAGAUGAACCAGAAAAUGCCUAUCCACGGAACAUUCAGAUCAAGCCCAUGAGCACUCACAUGGCCAACCAAGUCAACCAAUACAAAUCCACCAGUAGUUUGAUUCCCCCAAUCAGAGAAGUUGAGGACGAAUGCUGAGCACGUUUGACACCUCACCAGCAGGGGAGGGACAACGAUGAUGAUGAUGAUGAUGAUGGUGAAGAUCUAGAUUUCUCUUCUUCUACACGGGUUUGGCAGGAACCCAGGGACUGGACGGGACUGUUCUUAUGUGUAUACCUUUAAUGUUAACUUCCAUUCUCUUGGACAUUGUUUUAUGUAUUAAUGUAUCCAUAGAGAUGUACAUAAUGACAAUCAAAAUAAGGAUUGUACAGCCCCCCUCUUAGCACUUUUUUGGAAUUAUUUUAAGAGUUGAGAGAAGAAGACGAAGAAGACAAAAAAGAAGAAAAAAAGUACUUCCUGUAAUUCUUUGCAAUAGUUUAACAUCUUCUCUUCGUGUGACCGGACUCCAUGUUCUAUGACGCCGGAUCGCUGGUUGUUGGAGGAGGAGGGUUGAAGGGUCAGGAGAACCUGAUCAUAUCAUCUUCCCAAAGAUCUGCCCGGAUGUCCGCGUGGCUGGGCUCCAUCAACGUCAUACGCUCUGCUUCUGUUCUAUUUGCACUAAAACUGAGAGAAAAAAAAAGAGAAGUUUCUUUUGAUGGAACUGAAACCAUCCAAUCCUCCCCCUCCAGAAGAAAGUGUCCCAGAAGGAAGGAAGGAAAGGAAGGAAGGAAGGAAGGAAGGGUUGCUUGGCCUCUGAGGAAAUCUCGUACUUAGUUUUGUUCUACAUCACGUCAUUGCUUUAAAGGUUUGCUACUUCACCGUCGACUCGUGACAGAGCAUUCCAGUCCUGCAGACACAACCUUCUUGCAAAACAGUAGUCUCCAAAAAAAUAAAUAUAUAUAUAUAAAAAGAAGAAGAAGAAAAAAAAACACUCAGAGAAUGGUGCAGUAGGUGAUGUAUGCUAGCUGAGAGAGAGGAACCUACCCACAUGUCUUCUGCUGAUACGUGAGAUCAUAAAAAAAGCCUGUGACUCAAGUUUCGAGCUCCCACCGCAUGGUACGUGUGUCUGAACCCCCUCCAAAACGAGAGGAAAACAACCCGCUCUGUCCAUCACGGGUUCAGGAAGUGUUUGUGUGUACACUGUGUAUGUGUUGGCAUCGCAGCUACUGAGCCGUCUGGUGUUGUACUGCUACCCAAACCCACCCAACAAUAGGCUUUCAUGUGACGAUGCGACCCUUCGACGGAGAAGCAGGAAGGAUCUUAGCUAUUGUCGGAGAAUCCACACGAACUAACAAAACAAAAAUACUAAAAUCAAACGCCAGAAAAAAACCCAACUAUGUUUGAGCAAACGCGAAAUGCAGCCGCUUCCCCCAAACAGAUGUUAUCAUUUCCCUUGCGAAGGGAAGAAAUGCCACAUAUUGCGUAAAAGUGGGCGUCGACGGGUCGUCCUUUGAUCGGAGAAACUGCCUGGCACGGGUUGGCACAGAGGCAGGAAAAGAGCUUGGAUGUUCUCUGCUGCCAAUCCAGAUGUCACACACACAUACACACCUUCGCGGAAACUCUUUUCCGAAGUUAAAGCUGCUUUUGUUCGUGGGGGAAAAAAUGCUCAAACAUGGUUGGGUGGAAAACGCGACAAACGGCUGAAGCCUGUGUUCUCGGCCGUUGUUGCGAGGAAAAAGGAGUGAGGUGGUGGCCUCAAACAAAAAAGUGUCGUUAAAAAAAAAUACACAUUCUAACAUAUUUAUUUUCUAUCCGCACACAUAAUCAAAGUGUAAUCAUUUUUCUAGACAAAACUGAAAAAAUACCAUAGUAUAUAGUAGAAUAAUCUUCAAUAACAAUCACAUAUCAAGAGAUUUUUGUCGUCGUUUGUUUUACGUCAAACAAAAGUAGGAAUUUAUUUUUUAAACGCCGCCCAUUCUCAAAAGGUCCAGAAUGCAACACCUGAGCACAAACGUUGAGCUAAAACACACGUGAAUGUGACAGCUAAUGCCUGUUCUAGCAGGUUCGCCAUUGACGUAGCAUUUUCUAUCGCAGAUAUGUCACGUAAAUAUUAACUCAAGCUUAGGGCUUAUGUACUACUUUCAGUCAUCUUGUUUUUACUACUACCACGAUUGAACCGGGUGGCACGCGAGGCUCCUAUUAUUGUUUUCUGUUGCGUUGUACAUAUGCAGGACAGUCUGUCGCGACCAACAGCUUGAACGAAGUCACCAGCAAAAAGUCGCCCGUUUCGGUUGGACGAAAAUCGAGGGAUUUACUCGUGUGAAAGUUCGUCACUUGCAUGAAUUUCUGGAGUUCAAAUAUUUCGCUUGAGCAACAGAAACUAAAUUUAAAUUUUGUGUCCUUGCAGGGUUUUCAUCAUGGGUCUUUGGUUUGUUUUUGUAUGUCACCUGACUGCGCAAAAAAUAGAGCGGUUAGAUUUAAGAGGUUCAAAGUACUUUCUGCUCGUUAAUCACAUUCAAGCAGAACUUGUGGAAUCGUGAAUUAUACGUACAAAAUGGCUAGUCGUGGAUAGAACAACCUGAAAAUGUGGACUUAAAUGAUCUUAAUGUGAUGCAGGAGUAUUAGAAUCUGUUGUCUCGUGAUUUUGAUACAGGCUUUAGUGUUUACGACAAACAAAACAGUUAAUAUGCAUAAUUAAUCUUUGUUUUCAGGCAAAAAUGUUGCAUUUUGGACCUUUUAAUAAACCGUAUCACUCUGGAGCAAAUGAAGCUCAGACUCGAUCGCUGUGUGAAACCUUCAUCUUCAGCCGCUGGCAGCUUGGUUCUGUUGAGUGCUCAUAUUUUAUGGCCACGUUUACACUGCCAGGUCUCGAUGCCCAAUUCCUGUAUCUUUGAAAAGUGACCCAUAUCUGAUAUCUACAUUUAAACUGGUUAACACUUUGGUGAGACAAACUACAGCAGGUGGACUUGGUUACUCACCUGUAAAUAUAUAUGGUAGUGAACUGCAGCGUUAAAAUGAAAUGAAUACCAAAGAAAUAAUAAUAAUACAAGCUCUCUUUACAGGUCACCGAAAUUUAGCUUGAAAACCUUGUCCUCCAGACUCCCUCUUUCCAGUGAAAGUAGUUGUCAACACUGGUGCAUUUGGGUGGGAAUAUCCAACUAUUGUAGAUAGUAGACACAAAUGCACAAAUCUGAUUUAGCAAGAAAUACGAAUUAGGCUUCAAUUCAAUUUUAUUAAGUCAACAUCACCGAGAGCAGAGAGACCCAACAAAACUCACUUUAAACUUUAAGGAAGGUAAAAGAAAUGCGGCCAUCUGCCAAGACAGGUUGUGGUGAAAGGAAAAAUAGAAAUACCAGGAGUUUGUUUCCUGCUAAAACUUUCAGGUCUAUUCUGAUUCACCGCGCAGUGUAAACGCAGCCGUAGCAACGCAUUAAAACUCAUGUGAAGACACAGAUGAGACGCGUCCACUGAAUCUGUCCAAUGCUACAGAUCCCAUCAGCACAGUAAAAAUAUCAUAAAUGAAUAAAAGGUUUAUAGGAUCGUUCCCAAGCUGUUCGACCUAAGUUAGGUCCCAACUUCUGUUUUCCACAAAAAUAUCAAAGACAAGUUAGUUCUUUGUAAAAAAAAAAGAAAGAAAGAACAAAAAACAGUUUGGAUUAUGAAAAAAUAAGAUAAUAUUGUAGUAAAUAUGUUUGUGUAAAUUCAAACACUCUACUGAGGCCUAAGCGUCGUCCGUCCUGACGUGAACUUGACCCGUGGUUACGUCGUCGUCACCGUCAUCGUCGUCACAAACUCGUAGCAAAUAGGUUUAAUUUUCAGAGAAUAACGUGAGUUCAAAAUUUGUGUAUAAUCUGGAUUUUUAACAGCUAUAACUCUUGCUGUAGCCUGAAGAAUAAGGGACUAUUAUUAUUAAUAAUAAUAAAAAUAAAUAUGACUCAUUACACAAAGAAAAAGAAGAAAAUAAAUGUGUUUCAUGAUUCUCGGGAAAGGGAACGGGUAAAAAAUGGAUCUGGGAUUUUGUCAGCACCAAGUUUAUUAUAAAAAAAAAAAAAUAGAGGAGAUCCUUAAAUUUACUGCAUUUCUUUUUGUUUUUAAAUUUGUGUUAUUACGUGGUUUACAUUCCAUUUUGUCGCAAUCUGUCACAACUGCUUCUUAUUUGUUUACAGAUUAUUUCUUCUUUUUUUGACUGGCAUUAACACAAACUAAGUAAUUUAAUUAUUAUUUUUCUUUACACAUGAUUACUGUAUCUGUUUAUUUGUGUCUGACUCAAACAUCUCUGCUUCCCACCAGGCCUGAACGAUUUGAACAAAAUUGCGAUAAUUCAGAUUUUUUAAAAUUGUGGUUCAGUUCACUGUGUAAUAGCUUUUUAAUUAAGGAUGCAUGAUAAUAUCGGGGGGUGGACAAUAACAGCAAAAAAAUAUAUAUUUUUAAUUAUUCCAAUAAUCUACUACUUUAAUACAACAAAACUAAGCGAAAUAUUGCGAUAUUCUACUGCAAGGAUUAAAAUUUAAAGAUAUUAACUGUUUUCCGACAUGUAUGAGUCAUACUUUAAAUAAUUUUUUAUUUUAAGAAAGAAGAAUCAUUGAAAACGCAAGAAAAAUUGAAUGGUAGUAUUUGCCGUUAAAGUUUGCUACUAGCAUUGUUUUGAAGCUGUAGUGUGUACUUUAAAAGAAAAAAUAUAAGUAAAUGUUGAAUCAUUGUAAAACAGGAAGCGUAACAGCAACAUUGAGCUAGCAAAAAAUGACUAAACACUCAAAGAACUUGAUGGCUCUAAAACUCGGUAAAGCUGAUAGUUUUGCAUGACGGAGUGUGUUUUCAGAUGGUUUUACAAAGUUACGCACUGCAGCUUUAACAAAAACUAAAAGAUAUUAACGUUUCUAUUCAGCCUUAUGUCCUACAUUUGUCUCUUAAUUGUCUGUAUUUGAUGUUCCGGUCUUUGUUUUAUAUCGUAAACCUCUUUAAAAAUAAGGAGUGUUUUCUGUUUAGUUUUUUUUAAAGUGCCAUGAAAACUUCAUGAAAAUCCUUCAUCCUUCAGUCAUUCAAGUUGACGCCGAGUCAACCACUGUGAGAAAAACAACACAAACACAAACAUCUUCUCUUGUGUCUUGUACUGAUGUGGAGAACAUCCAAGCCUUCAGUGCCUCCACGUCAGUACAGAGCCAGGCAGUGUAGUCGCAGGACGACCCAGAUUAAGACCCACUAGAGCGAAAAGUGGCAUUCAAGUUACGACACUUACUGUACGUACGUGUUUAUUUAUUUACUUUACGUCUUUUGUGUUUGCGUGUGAUCAGAUUAUCAGAUUAUGGAUGACUGAAAGAUGACAUCACAUGUUUUGUCCACCGAACAAAUCUAAUCUAUUGUUUUUCUUUUGCAGAUAUAAUAACUUAUUAUUAAUAUAUGGGAAUUGUAUCAGAUUAUAAUAGAAUAUAUAAUAUUUAUGGGGUGGGAUUGCGGGUCUCAAGUCUUAAUAAUACAUUAAACUUGCAUUCAGCAAUUUUUUUUCUUAUUUUUUUGUUUUGCUGAAUGAAUUCAGGACAUUUUGCUCUUGCGUAUCACAGAUGGGAUUUGUUGGUUUUGGACAUGUUCUAGGUACGACGGGGAAAAAAAAAAAAAAAAAAUCAUGGAUUAUUUGAUGGUGCUGAGAUGAUCUACCUGACUCUGUCAAAUAUAAUCUGCUGAUAAAUAAUAUACUGUCUUGUACAAAAAGUUUGUACAUAGGUUGUACAUGGUUUCUUUUUGUAUUUUCUCAAAUUAAAAAUGGAUGUAUUUGUGUUCUAAAAUUC